UGUUUCUAUGAUCUUUGAUUUCUUCUUUCCUUGCCUUUGAUCACAUCCCUCUACUUGAUAUGUAUAUAUAUAAACUAAACAUAACAGAGCAGAGCAAUGAAUCAUAGUUCCCACAUCAAUAUCACAAAAAAUGGCUACCAUAAAAGCUUCUCACACUGUGGUUCCAAAUCAACCAACACCAAAAGGUCGAUUGUGGCUAUCCAACAGUGACAAUUCCACACGUAAAGCACAUUCACCAGUUAUUUACAUCUACAAAGCAAAACACAACAUUGAAUACAACAUUGAGAGGAUGAAAGAGUCUCUUAGCAAAACUCUAGUGUACUUCUAUCCAGUUGCUGGCAGAUUGAGCUUAUCAGAAAGUGGUAGAAUGGAAGUGGAUUGCAACGCAAAGGGAGUGACAUUGAUCGAAGCCGAAACCGCGAAAACAUUGGCUGAUUUUGGAGACUUUUCACCCUCUGAUUCCAUCAAGGAAGAACUUGUUCCAGCAAUUGAUUAUCACUCUCAACCUAUACAAGAGAUUCCUUUGCUAUUUGUUCAACUAACAAGAUUCAAAGGUGACCAACAACAACAACAUGGCCUUGCCAUUGGAAUGGCUUACUCACAUCCUGUGGCUGAUGGGCUUGCUUGGACUCGCUUUGUCAACACAUGGGCAACGGUCAAUAGAGGAGACUCAUUAGAUGUUAAUGAAAUGCCAUUUCUAGAUCGAACUAUACUCAAAUUUCCAACAUGGUCAUCGUCAUUGUCGUUACUGUCACCACCACCACUAUCGCACUCUGAUCACCCAGAGCUGAAGCCUCUUCCACUCAUACUAGGCAGAUCUGACAGCACUGAAGAGCAAAACAAGAAGACAACAGCAUCUGUGUUGAAACUCACAUCAAAGCAAGUGGAGAUGCUGAAGAAGAAGGCCAAUGAUCAAGGGUCAACACCUUGUACCAGAUUUGAAGCUGUGGCCGCACAUAUAUGGAGAUGUGCAUGCAAGGCUCGCGGACAACAUCACAAGCAACCAACUAUAGUUCGGUUCAAUGGUGAUAUUCGCAACAGAUUAAUCCCUCCUCUCCCCAGGAACUACUUUGGGAAUGCAUUGGUAGCAACAGUGACACCAGAAUGUUAUGUUGGAGAAAUCACAUCAAGACCAUUGAGUUAUGCAGCAAGAAAAUUGAGAGAAGCAAUAGCGUUGCUCAGAGAUGAGUACAUCAGGUCACAGUUAGAAGCUGUGUUUGGUGAGGAGCAAUUGAAGUGCAUAAGGGCUUUCUUCUUGGGACAAGGUGAAGGUAGAAGUGAACCGUUUGGAGGGAAUCCAAAUCUUCAAAUCACAAGCUGGAUCAACUUCCCGGUGGAUAGUACAGAUUUUGGGUGGGGAAAGCCUGUGUAUUUUGGUCUAGGAUAUGUGUGUGCACUUGAUAGGGGGAUUAUUGUUCGAGAUCCACAAGAUGAUGGUUCUUUGAUUGUGAUCAUGCAUUUCCAGAUAGCACAUAUGCAACUCUUUAAGAAACUCUUCUACGAGGAUAUAUUCACUUCAAGGCUGUAAUUCGUGGUUGUUUUGCAAAGACUGAUAUCCAUCACCAUGAGGCUUAAUUUUGAUUCACAUCAUUAUAAGCUUCUUCUUUUGUAAUGUCUGCAUUGGUCAAAUCCUAAACUCUCUCUCCCCUUCAAAAUUUGAGUUUUUUUUAAUCGAUUAUUAGUUUUGUCUGUAUGAGAAGAUGGUCUUUGUGGAUGUGACAAUUUUGUCUUCUUUGAUUGUUUGAAUUUGUUGGUAUGUAUGUGAUCAUUAUAUGGGUUAUGAGUUGUAAUGAAAGUUGAGGGUUGUAUGUGAUCAUUAUAUGGGUUAUGAGUUGUAAUGAAAGUUGAGGGUUGUUGAGUGUGGGGUAGGGAUAGGGAUGCACUCUCAAGCCAUAGCUAAGAACUCUCAAAAUUGAUCUGUUGGAUCAGACUCCUUCUGUCCGAUUCUCAUUAGCUAAGAUUUGAUUUUUUUUA